AGAAAACCGGCAGGGUGGAAACCAAAUACCCGAUAACACCAGUAUAGACAGUGAACGAGCCUAUAUCGUUCAGUCCGAACGAUUAUUGGUUUCUUUUUUAUAGGACCGGAAGGGUUAUUGAGAUUGGACUUGGUGCUCCGGCCGUAUAAGUGAUGUUGUGUGAAAUCCCGGAAAGAUUUCAUCGGCCAUCUUUAUUAAUUGCAGGUAGAGUAUCCAGUGACACACGGUGAAAACUUAUACUUAAAUGGCUGCCGGAUCCGAGAGCGUGCGGGUCAUCGUUCGAUGCCGGCCGAUGAACGCGCGCGAAAACCAGCUCAGCAGCAAGAAUGUGGUGCAAAUCAACGCUUCGACGCUGCAGUGCUCUCUGCUGGCAAUACCAUCGAGUCACAAUGAAAUCAAUGAUACGACCAAAACGUUCACCUUCGAUGGCGUCUACGACCAGUCGUCGACCACCGAACAAAUUUACACCGAUUUCGGCUACUCUCUCGUUGAAGGCGUGAUGGAAGGGUACAACGCUACGGUUUUCGCGUACGGUCAAACCGGAAGCGGAAAAAGCUUCACCAUGCAGGGCGUUACGUCUCCGCCGAAUCAGACGGGAAUAUUACCGCGGGCUUUCGAUCAUCUCUUCGAGAGUAUAGCCGCAGCAGAGGGAAUGAAAUACCUUGUGUUCGCGUCCUAUCUAGAGAUCUACAAUGAGGAGAUUCGCGAUUUACUGAGUCCCGAUUUUAAGAAAAAGUUGGAGUUGAAAGAGAAUUCCGAUAAAGGAGUUUUCGUGGCCAAUCUUAGCCAGCAUAGUGUUCAUAGCGUCGCCGACUGCCAAGGUCUGAUGGAAACCGGUUGGAAGAACCGAGCCGUAGGAGCUACUCUGAUGAACGCCGAUUCGUCCCGAUCUCAUUCCCUCUUUACCAUCUCCGUUGAGAUGAUGGAAACCGUUCAAGACUUAAAGGGGGAGAAACAAUCGAUUCGCAGAGGGAAGUUGAACCUGGUUGAUCUGGCCGGAAGUGAACGUCAGUCUAAAACAGGAGCCACCGGAGAUCGAUUAAAGGAAGCUACCAAAAUUAAUUUAUCACUUUCAGCUCUGGGAAAUGUCAUAUCUGCCUUGGUCGAUGGUAAAUCGAAACACAUUCCUUACAGAGACUCCAAACUGACUCGCCUGUUGCAGGAUUCAUUGGGAGGAAAUACUAAAACCCUGAUGAUCGCCUGCGUCUCUCCGGCGGAUGACAAUUACGACGAAACGCUCAGUACAUUGCGAUACGCCAAUCGUGCCAAGAAUAUUCAAAACCGACCAAGAAUCAAUCAGGACCCUAAAGAUGCCAUGUUGAGGGAAUACCAGAAAGAAAUCGAACGACUCAGUCAGAUGAUUGAUCAGCAAAAACCGACUCAGAUUGUUCGCGUCAAAUCGGAACUGGAAAUUGAGCAAGAGAAAAUGCAGCUGCAGAAAGAGUACGAAGAGAAAAUCCACCAACUUCAACGGGAGGUGGAAAAAGAGCAAGAAACAAAUGCCAAAGCGACAGUCGAGAUGAAAAACUUGCGUCGAGCCUACGAAGUCGACUUGCAAAAGAUUAACAAUUCAAAGAAGAAGGUUGAACUGGAUGAAGAAGCACAAGAAACUCUCAAGAGGUUGAAACAAAUCGAGGGCGACUUGGUUGGUGGUGAGAAGGCCAACGAUCUUGAAUUCCAAGAACGACACUGGAAGCGGAAAAACAUUUCUGAAAGGAGACGAGCUUUGCUUGCGCAACUGUUGGCCCGAACGGAAGACGAAGAUGGGGCGCUGUUACGAGUCUAUGACGACAUCCAACAAGAAGUCCGGAUCAAAACGGAAGCCAUAAAGAAAUACAAGCAGAAACUCCGUUCCUUGGACCGCGACAUUCAAGAUUUGCAAACUGAAUUCGAAACAGAAAGAAGUGAUUAUCUUGAAACGAUUCGCAGACAGGAGCAGCAGUUAAUAUUGCUACAUCAAAUUAUUGUUAAAGUCCAGCCCCUCAUUCGAAAAGACUCAAAUUAUAGUGAUAUUGAAAAUAUAAAGCAACAGAGCGUAUGGAUUGACGAAUUUAAACGCUGGAAAAUACCAGAGGUCACUUUGAUGCGAAUGAAACUGCCGCCAGCAUCCUUUUCAAAUAUUCCAUCCUACAGCCAGUACGAAACUACCACUGAGGGGGAGGAAGAGGAAGUGCCCAAUGAGGACCGACUACUACAGAAACUCAAAAAAGGAGAAGCUGAAAACUUGGCCGGUCGUUAUUUCGCUUCCAAUCGCGCUAAAGAGAUCGUCAUUCGUGUCAAUAACGAUGUGCAUCGAGCUAAACAUCCUGGAAUGAAAGGAACUUCACUGAGUCACUCAUCGCUCAAUAGUUUCCCGUCUUCAACUACAUUGUCCCACAUAGAUUAUUUAAAUGACUCAGGAGGUUUAAACGUGAAUGGACCGCUGACAUCUUCGUGGAGUGCACCCAACGCUCUAUCCGGUCAAAUCAAUGGUUGGACAUCAGACGCGGUUUUUAUGAACGGGAACAUCAGGAAGCCGAAACGCUUGGAAUCUUUGACAGUCGGGGCUUCUGGCGGAAGGCAAAUACCCUCUAUUGUCAAGGAUAAGACAAACUUGCCUGUCUACACACCAUCAGUAAUCAAAUUCACCUGACACUCGUGACUUAAUUUUCUCUCUCUCUCUCUCUCGUUCUAUUAUCGAAAACGUUCGGUGAUCAAAAAAUGCAUUUUGUUAAUCGUGUUACAAAAUAACAUAUUUACAAAGACCUUUAAUUAAAAUUGCCAAUGUUAUGAUUUAAAUUUUUAUAGAAUAACCUUUUACACUUGUCUCUACAGUGUAACACAGGGAAAUAUGUUGAGAAUCAUGUUGUAUUUGUUGAAUUUCAGCUCGGAAUAAAUGCGGUUGACAGAAAAA